AUGGCGUUCGCUUCCGCUGCUUCUGUCACCCUGGCGCCUGCCGCCGCGGUCGCGUGCGUUUCGGCCAAGAGCUCUUCGCGAGCAGCCCCCAGCACUGCCUCCCUAGCCGUUCCGCUUUCCACGUCCUUCCGCGGGAUCCAGGUCGCUUCGGCGAAGAAUUCCGCUCGGGUUUCCCUUCAGCCGCUUCGCAGCAGCGUUCGAGCGAACGUGGUGACGGAGCCGGCCACCAAGAUCAACUUCCCAGUCACUCUAGCGGCGCCUGGUGGCUCCAAGGACCUCUCGCUGCUGGGAACCGGGGUGCGGGAGAAGAAGCUUGGGCCGCUGGCAGUGAAGGUGUAUGGAGUGGGCGUGUACGCUGAACCAAAGCUGCUGGAUGUGCUGGCGGGGUGGAAGGGCAAGCCUGCAGACAAAGCAUUCUUCGAUGCCAUCACCUCCACGCCGAGUGAGAAGGCCAUCGUGAUUGUGUUGGCCCGCAACGUGGGGUCCGACCAGUUUUGGAACGCACUCACAGAGGAGCUCGCCCCGCGCCUCACAGCGGCUGGAGAGGGCCUGGGUGACUUGGAGGCGUUCGGACAGCUGUUCAAGGACAGGUCGCUUAAGAAGAACACUGGGGUGUACAUUACCUGGCGCCAGCCGUCUACACUUCAGGUGGCAUUUUCUGAUGAUGUGACUGCUGGAGGAGCUCCCUCUGCAGCCUCUGCCACUUUUGAGUCGCCUGGGCUUCUUGCUGCCCUCUUUGACAUCUAUCUGGGCGCGGAGCCUGUGUCACCGUCUUUGCCAGGAGAACGAGAUCCCUUUCUCAAACCAGGCGGAACGAAUCCUUUCGGCAGGCGUAAAGAGGUCGCGAAGGACAUUAGUGACAGGCCCUCAGCUGCAGAAGCCAACCACUACCAGAGCCUAAGCAACAUGAAUCCCGAAUAUGAUUACUUGUUCAAGUUGUUGCUGAUUGGUGAUUCUGGUGUCGGAAAGUCUUGCCUCCUCCUACGAUUCGCGGACGACUCCUAUCUUGAAAGCUACAUCAGUACAAUCGGAGUGGACUUUAAAAUCCGUACUGUCGAGCUCGACGGCAAGACUAUCAAACUUCAAAUCUGGGACACUGCAGGCCAGGAGCGUUUCAGGACGAUCACAAGUAGUUACUACCGCGGUGCUCAUGGCAUCAUUGUUGUUUACGAUGUCACAGAUCAGGAAAGCUUCAACAACGUAAAGCAAUGGUUAAACGAGAUUGACCGUUACGCCAGCGAGAACGUUAACAAGCUCUUGGUAGGAAACAAGUGCGACUUGACAAGCAAAAGGGUUGUGGACUACCAGACUGCAAAGGCCUUUGCAGAUGAAAUUGGCAUCCCAUUCUUAGAAACAAGUGCGAAGAAUGCCACAAACGUUGAGCAGGCUUUCAUGACCAUGGCUGCUGAGAUCAAGAACAGGAUGGCGAGUCAGCCAGCCCUGGGGAACAAAGGUGGUGGUCAGACUGUGCGCCCUGGAGAAAGCAGGCCGUUGCAACAAAACAGCAAUUGUUGCUAG